UUGGUCGGGGCUGGGGCGCCCAGCUGCAGAGUUGGUGCGAAGUGACAAGUUGAGCGAGAGAACGAGCGCGGAGAGCGGGAGGAGGCGCCGCAGCUGCCACCGAGCCGGCACCGAGACGGGACGGCAGGGCGCACAACUGCGAGACCCCGCCGGGGAUACCUCCCGCUGUCCUCGAGCGCGACCCAGUCGGCCCGAGACUGACCGUCCGGCCGACGCUAGGCUGCAGUCGGAGGGCCGGGGAGGCACCGCGUUUGCCGGCUCCUGAGGCGGCCGGGCGGAGGCGAGGAAUCGGGUUCGAGGGACAAAGAGCUGUGCAAACUUCCCCCCGGCCUCCUGCGAGCGCCCGCGGCCGGGUCGAGGUGGCCGGACGCCCGGAGGAAGCCCGUGGAUGUUCAGCGCGCGGCCGGGGAGCCACCGCCGCCGUCGCCGCCGCCGCCGUGAGGGGAGGAAUGCACCGGCCGCGCCGCCGCGGGACGCGCCCGCCGCUCCUGGCGCUGCUGGCCGCGCUGCUGCUGGCGGCGCGCGGGGCUGCUGCCCAAGAAACAGAGCUGUCAGUCACUGCUGAGUUAGUGCCUACCUCAUCAUGGAACAUUUCAAGUGAACUCGACAAAGAUUCUUACCUGACUCUGGAUGAACCAAUGAAUAACAUCACCACAUCCCUGGGGCAGACUGCAGAGCUCCACUGCAAAGUCUCUGGGAAUCCGCCUCCUACUAUCCGCUGGUUCAAAAACGAUGCACCUGUAGUCCAGGAGCCCCGGAGACUGUCCUUUCGAGCAACCAACUAUGGCUCACGGCUGCGGAUUAGAAACCUCGACACCACAGACACAGGCUACUUCCAGUGUGUGGCAACUAAUGGCAAGAAGGUGGUUUCUACCACUGGAGUCUUGUUUGUCAAGUUUGGCCCCCCUCCCACUGCAAGUCCAGGAUCAUCAGAUGAGUAUGAAGAAGAUGGAUUCUGCCAGCCAUACAGAGGGAUAGCAUGUGCAAGAUUUAUUGGCAACCGCACCGUCUAUAUGGAGUCUUUGCACAUGCAAGGAGAAAUAGAAAAUCAAAUCACAGCUGCCUUCACCAUGAUCGGCACCUCCAGCCACUUAUCUGAUAAGUGUUCUCAGUUCGCCAUUCCUUCCCUGUGCCACUACGCCUUCCCUUACUGUGACGAAACCUCUGCUGUCCCCAAGCCCCGUGACCUGUGUCGUGAUGAAUGUGAAAUCCUAGAAAACGUCCUGUGUCAGACGGAGUACAUCUUUGCCAGGUCUAACCCCAUGAUUCUCAUGAGGCUGAAGUUGCCCAACUGUGAAGAUCUGCCACAGCCCGAGAGCCCGGAAGCUGCCAACUGCAUCCGGAUUGGAAUCCCUAUGGCGGAUCCUAUAAACAAAAAUCACAAGUGUUAUAACAGCACAGGAGUGGAUUACCGGGGGACUGUCAGUGUGACUAAAUCAGGGCGCCAGUGCCAGCCCUGGAAUUCCCAGUACCCCCACAUGCACACCUUCACGGCCCUCCGUUUCCCAGAGCUGAAUGGAGGCCAUUCCUACUGCCGCAACCCAGGGAACCAGAAAGAAGCUCCCUGGUGCUUUACCUUGGAUGAAAACUUUAAGUCUGAUCUCUGUGACAUCCCAGCAUGUGAUUCAAAGGACUCCAAAGAGAAGAAUAAAAUGGAAAUCCUGUACAUUCUGGUGCCAAGUGUUACCAUCCCUCUGGCCAUUGCAUUACUCUUCUUCUUCAUUUGUGUCUGCCGCAAUAACCAGAAGUCAUCGUCACCACCAGUCCAGAGGCAACCAAAGCAUGUGAGAGGCCAAAAUGUGGAGAUGUCGAUGCUGAAUGCUUAUAAACCCAAGAGCAAGGCUAAGGAGUUGCCACUGUCUGCUGUGCGUUUUAUGGAAGAACUGGGUGAGUGUGCCUUUGGGAAAAUCUACAAGGGCCAUCUCUACCUCCCAGGCAUGGACCAUGCCCAACUGGUGGCUAUCAAGACCUUGAAAGACUUUAACAACCCACAGCAAUGGGCAGAAUUUCAGCAAGAAGCCUCCCUCAUGGCUGAACUGCACCACCCCAAUAUCGUGUGCCUGCUGGGGGCUGUCACACAAGACCAACCUGUGUGUAUGCUUUUUGAAUACAUGAACCAGGGAGACCUCCAUGAGUUCCUCAUCAUGCGCUCCCCCCACUCUGAUGUUGGCUGCAGUAGUGACGAAGAUGGGACGGUAAAAUCAAGCCUUGAUCACGGAGAUUUCCUGCACAUUGCAAUUCAGAUUGCAGCUGGCAUGGAGUACCUGUCCAGUCAUUUCUUUGUCCACAAGGACCUUGCAGCUCGCAACAUCUUAAUCGGAGAGCAGCUUCACGUCAAGAUUUCUGACCUGGGACUUUCCAGAGAGAUCUACUCAGCUGAUUACUACAGGGUGCAGAGUAAGUCUUUACUCCCCAUUCGCUGGAUGCCGCCGGAAGCCAUCAUGUAUGGCAAGUUCUCUUCUGAUUCAGAUAUCUGGUCCUUUGGCGUUGUCUUGUGGGAGAUUUUCAGUUUUGGGCUCCAGCCAUAUUAUGGAUUUAGUAACCAGGAAGUGAUCGAGAUGGUGAGGAAGCGGCAGCUCUUGCCUUGCUCCGAGGACUGCCCGCCCCGGAUGUACAGCCUCAUGACGGAGUGCUGGAAUGAGAUUCCUUCCAGGAGACCAAGAUUUAAAGAGAUUCACGUCCGCCUUCGGUCCUGGGAGGGACUCUCAAGUCACACAAGCUCUACAACUCCCUCUGGGGGGAAUGCCACCACGCAGACAACCUCCCUCAGUGCCAGCCCAGUGAGUAAUCUCAGUAAUCCCAGAUACCCCAAUUAUAUGUUCCCAAGCCAGGGUAUUACACCACAGGGCCAGAUCGCGGGUUUCAUUGGCCCACCCAUACCUCAGAACCAGCGCUUCAUCCCCAUCAAUGGGUAUCCAAUACCUCCUGGAUAUGCAGCAUUUCCGGCUGCCCACUACCAGCCACCAGGACCUCCCAGGGUGAUUCAGCACUGCCCGCCCCCCAAGAGCCGGUCUCCAAGCAGCGCCAGUGGAUCAACCAGUACAGGUCAUGUGACCAGCCUCCCUUCAUCAGGAUCCAAUCAGGAAGCAAAUAUCCCUUUACUACCACACAUGUCAAUGCCAAAUCAUCCUGGAGGGAUGGGAAUCACCGUUUUUGGCAACAAAUCUCAGAAACCCUACAAAAUAGACUCCAAGCAACCAUCUCUGCUAGGAGAUUCCAAUAUUCAUGGACACACCGAAUCCAUGAUUUCUGCAGAACUGUAACAUGCACAACUUUUGUAAAUGUAGUAUACAGGACAACUAGGAGGUUGUAGAAGAGAUUUUAUAUUCAAAUGUUUUAUUAAAGUAAGGCUCUCAUUUAGCAGACAUGGCAACAAGUAUCUUCUGUGAAGCUAAACUGUCCUAUGAAGCCAUACAACCCCUAGCCAGAAAACACCACCACCACCAUACACUCCAGCGGGGUACAUGACAUGGCAUUGGGACUGGAACUUACAGUUCCAAGUGCUAAAAACUGCAAACUGGUGAAGAGGAAAAGAACUUUGUGAUUAACUCUCAAACCAAAAAGGAAGUCAAAUGGUGCUUUGUGUAUUUGAUUUCAGCGGCCAUGACUGGUCUCUCCCUCCUACAUGUAUAUACAGUAGCAUUUGUCUACCUGCUGUCUUUUCUUCAGGACAGAUGUUCAGGAAUUGUGUUAUUUCAAGUUAGACUCUAUGCAUGGUUGUAAUGGAAGCGAUGUUGAGAAUCGAUGAGGAAGCUUUAGACCAAAUGGAAAUGAGCCAUAAGACUAGUCUAACACCCCCUGCAACCUUCUACCAAGUGGAGCUUCCUCAGGAAAGUGGAGAGUGUGCCUCUGAUCACGAAAUCCCAGCCCACAUUUUCCUGGGUCACAAAGUGUUUACACAAACCUUUGAAAAAACACAGGGCCUCAGACCCUAAGAAGGCUAGCCCCGGAUGCUAGAAUUGGUUGGUGAUGGAUGAUUCACUUCGCUGAACUAGGGAUAAGACACCAAAGGAGGCAGUCAGAAAAAUGGCUCCUCCUCCUAGAUCAGUACCCAUGGAUGUGGUGGUACAAGGUUUCCCACAGGAACAGCCUCCACAGGAGCUUUCCUGACCAAUCACGUUAAGAAUGAGAGAUUUGGCUGCAGACAAGCUUGCCCAUAACUUGCAAGCCCUCAUUUUACAAGUCAUCCAAUGUGUUGGGGUACUUACCAUCAAGAGACACAAGCAAGUAGGAAUCCCUAUGGUAGCUCCAAUAGCUAGUAAAUUCCAAGUUUUUCUCACCUUUUGUUUUUCUAUCUUGGAAAUGUUCACAGAUGUGAUUCCAGCACCGAUAAAUAUAGCCAGUUAUUCAUAAGGUUAGUUAGCAUCCGAAGAUAAUGAAUUCUUUGUUGUAAAACAUUUACAGUAUUUCUUUAAACAAUGUACUGAGUUCUUAUUUCCAAGUUUGUCAACAACUGAAUUUCAUCUGGUAGCACAGAAGUGACAUGAUCACUUUUGCCUGUGUUCGAAGCAGGCAUCAAAUGUGCAUCUCCUGGCAUUUACCUGCCAACCAUCUUUUGCCAAGUUUAAAAUUCUUGUGGAUUUCAAGUUCUAUUUAGAAAGGAAUUUUAUACUGGUUGAAAUUUUCUCUGGCUGAAAAAAAAAAAAAAAGAACUCCUUUAUUCUAAGAACAAUGUCUCAAAGCCUUGUUUUUAUUUUAAAGCUAUAUAAGUCUUACAAAAAGACUUGCAGGAUGUAAACUAAUUCUUGAAAAUUAUGUUUGAUGAGGAGAAUGUAAGAGAAUUAGAAACACGCUGAUGUUUCCGUUUUAUAAAAAGUAAAAUUAGCAUGAGAAAUCAAGGGAAUAUGUUUACCAAAACAUGUUGUAGAAAACUGACUCUUCAGACAACAAACAUGAACUGAUAGGUACUGUGAACUCGAGGCAUUGGCUACAUCCAGACUUACUGGGAGAGGAAUCCAGACAUACUUUUGUGGCCUAUAUAAGCUGACUCAGAAGUUACAUUUUUUAAGUUUAGGUAGAGGAGAAUAUUUGUAUCCUUUUGUUGCUAUGCAACUAUUUAAUGAUGAAGCUUCAAAUCACAAUUUUUGUAUAUCAUAUGACAAUCACUUGUUUUCCAAUAAUAUUUAUUAUUUUAAAUGAACACAAUUUCAGUGAAUUUGAGUUUUUCUAGGAGUCCCUUAAAGGGAAAUUAGCAUUCCAUGAGCCAGUAAAACACUUCCUCUGGAAAAACACUCAUACACUUACAAAAUAAAUCCAAGUUGGUUUUUUAUAAAGAACUAUAUAUCAUUUAUUUUAAACAUUUUAUAAUAAUGGAAAUCAUUAGGGUGAGCAAACUAAAUUUCAAAACCACUUGUAAUAAUGUGUUUUCUAAUAGCACUGUGAUAUUACAUAACACAGUCCCUUUUGUAUUAAAAUAGUAUUUUCCCACAAACUGAAAAAUAUCUUUUGCUUUGUUAACAGUGUUUUGUAAGAUGACUUUAUUUUCAGAUUUUUUUCUUUGCACAAAAUCUAUGUUUAUGGUUUGUAUCACAGAGGUGAAAAUAUAUCUCUGCAUUUUUAUAUCUGGCCUGUUUUCCUGUUUCUUUUGUCUUUAACUUGAUAGAUUUUCUUCAAAUUUAGAAUAGCAACAUUCAGAUAUUUCACUCUACCAUAUCUUCCUUUGUUUUCACUGCAUGCAUUUAAGUGCUGUAUCACUUAAUGUUUGAUUUGUUACUAAGGGCAUUUAAAAUAGACAAGCAUGGAUUUGUAAUGACAAAAGGCUAUUUUAUACUGAGGAUAUAUGCAUUUGUACUUCACACACCAGAGAUGAUAUUAAACACUGAUUAUUUUAUGCUGCUGUUUAUUAAAAAUGUUUA